CAGCAGUUCUCAACAACGACAACGACAACAACAAUAACCAUGGCCGACGAAAAGCAUUCGGCCGUUGCGCCGGCCGUCGAUGCGACUCACAACGAAGCUAGCGAAGUCCCCAGCAAACCUGGCUCCCACCAAGAUAUCACCAUUCCUCCGCCUCGUCCUCCAGGCUGGAUGUACAAGGGCUUCAAGGUCUUCGGCCACGAGCUCUGGUACGCCUCGCCUCUGUUCCAGCUCCUCUUGGUCGCUGUGGUUUGCUUCAUGUGUCCCGGCAUGUUCAACGCCCUCAGCGGUCUCGGCGGCGGUGGACAGGUCGACCACACGGCCCAGGACGACGCCAAUACCGCGCUUUACUCAACCUUCGCCGUCGUCGCCUUCUUCUCCGGCUCCAUCGCCAACAAGCUCGGCGUGCGGUUGACUCUCUCCUUCGGCGGUCUGGGAUACGUCAUCUACAUCGCUUCCUUCUUCAGCUACAACCACAACCAAAACCACGGCUUCGUUGUCUUCGCCGGCGCUUUUCUGGGUGUCUGCGCCGGUCUCCUCUGGACUGCCCAGGGCACCAUCAUGAUGUCGUACCCGACCGAGGACAUGAAGGGCCGCUACAUCUCGUGGUUCUGGAUCAUCUUCAACCUCGGCGCCGUCAUCGGCUCCCUGAUCCCUCUCGGCCAAAACAUCAACAAAGUCGCCGGCCCCGUAACCGACGGCACCUACGUCGGCUUUCUCGUCCUCACCCUGAUCGGCGCCUUUCUGGCCCUCAUGAUCUGCGACGUCGACAAAGUCCUGCGCGAGGACGGCUCCAGGGUGAUCAUGAUGAAGAACCCUUCGUGGAUCACCGAGUUCAGGGGCCUCUUUGAGACCAUCACCUCGGAGCCCUGGGUCGUCCUCUUGUUCCCCAUGUUCUUCGCCUCCAACACGUUUUAUACCUACCAGUCCAACGACAUGAACGGCUCUCAGUUCAACACGCGCACCAAGGCGCUCAACAACACGCUUUACUGGCUCGCGCAAAUUUUUGGCGCUAUUAUUGUCGGCUACGCUUUGGACUUCGCGGGCGCGAGAAGGUCGAUUCGCGCCAAGGGCAGUUUCGUCAUGCUGAUUGUGCUGACUAUGGCUAUUUGGGGUGGCGGGUACGCGUGGCAGAAGGAUCAGCCCACACGCGAGCAGACAUCUGAGGAAGGAUUCGUGACGGUCGAUUGGACGGACGGUGCGAAGAAGUAUGUUGGGCCCAUGUUUUUGUACAUGUUUUAUGGGUUCUUUGAUGCCGCGUGGCAGACUUGCAUUUACUGGUACAUGGGCGCUCUCUCCAACUCGGGCCGUAAGGCCGCCAACCUCGCCGGUUUCUACAAGGGUCUGCAGAGCGCUGGCGCCGCCGUGUUUUGGCGGUUGGACGGGUUGAAGAAGCCUUUUGAUACCAUUUUUGGUGCUACUUGGGGUCUCCUAGGCGGUGCUCUCCUCAUUGCCGCGCCUGUCAUCUGGAUGAAGAUCCAGGAUACCGUUGCCCUCGAAGAAGAUCUCAGGUUCAGCGACGAGACCGCCGCGGAUGUGGCGGGAGCGGAGGGUGCGGCGGCUGGUCAGGCGGCGCAACCGGAGACGGUGGCGGUGGGUGCACAUGGUGGUGGUAGCGAGACGGCUAAGGCGGUCGUCUAAGCCUUUUUUUUUCUCUGAAGUU